AUGUCUGACAAUUUUGAUAUUGGCGUCUUUCUUGAUCAUCCAUCUAAAAACCAUGACAAGGAAAAGAAGAUUUUUGUUGAAAAGAUGUGGCACAGCCCCAUUGAUGCACAUAUUGAGGCGUUUUCCGCUUAUUUUCAGCUGCUAAGGGACGAAGUCAGAGCAUUGUUAGAUACCAAACGCACCGGUCUACCUAGCCUGGAAUUCGACCAUGUCCUGAUCAUACGAGACGCCAUCUUACAGAAUUACUCUAGUAAUCUGGCCGAGCUACGUCAAAUUGUGGCAGACCAACUACAAGGGACAGGCAUACCAGAGGAAUCCAUUUCCCCUGCCAUCAUGUUUGUCAUCAGGGUAUUACUCAUGAUCAAAGUCAAACAAUCCAAUUUGUCCAGCAAUGAUCACUCGUAUAUGCUGUACAUAUCUGAUAAUGAGAGUCUGAAGUCGGUUGUUGAUACGAUACAGACAUCACCAUCUCUAGGAUACUGGAACCCGAUAGAUGGAUUUCCGUCAUGGUUCAACGCCAUAGAUCUGGAGAGAAAGGCAGGGUUGAGAAUUGAUUGGACCCAUUAUAUUACGGACCAUCUUACAGUCCGAGAUAACACGUUAUAUCUUUUCAGCAAUAUCGGAGCUCUUAAGCAUGUCAAGGGUGCGCAGGAAUUGACUUCUAAAUUUUUCACAGAAGAAUUUAUAGACGAAACACUGGCAACAUCACACUUGUUCUUCCCUAAGCCCCCUCAUGGCUAUGGAUACAUUGACUAUAUUUCAUGGUUUAAGUAUAAACAUGGGAAAAUUGAAAACUGGCAAAGAUCUUUACCAAGCCCAAACAAUCCAACAGUCUCUCGCCUCUACACAGCCUAUCCAGUGUGGAAUCAGCGACUUGCAUGGGUGCUUGAAGCCUCCAAGAACCAGCCCAACAUGGGUAUCAAAAGGAUUUGGUAUGAUGAUCGCGACCUGAGUCUGUGGUGGACAAGGUGGGCAUUGAUUACUGCUGUAUUUCUAACUGUUUUGUUUGGAUUGAUUCAGUCGAUUACUGGUAUCAUCCAGGUUGUCUACGCCGCCAAUGGCUAG